UAACGUUCAUGGUACAGAGGAAGGGUCAAGCUACCACCAGGGUCAUUAUCUACCUCUGGAAAUGUCCCCCACAACGCCUACGAAAGCCUUGUCAAAUAUGUGACUCAUUGACCUCAAGCAUCAACCGCCCCCAAAAUCAUGUUACCGUUGAUGAGGUUUCAGGCCCUGCUGCUGCUCUGCUUCUAAAAGAAGUCCGGUGUCCCAACCUCACUACAACGCUGACUACUGCCUUAAGUGUGGUAGUGGAGGAUAGAGGCCGAGUGGAGGCUACAGCGGACUAUUCCUGCGAGAAGGGGAGGAGGAUAGUCGGGAAUAGUCAGCGGAAGUGUGGUAGUAAUGGUAUCUGGAGUGGCAGUCAACCGCGCUGUGAAUGUCCAGAGGAUGCCUACAACACCAUAGGCUCCGAUAGUAGUAGUAGUAGUAGUGUGAGUACUACUUCUACUUCUACCGCUAGCAACACCGGGCUCUACAUCGGACUAUUCUUCGGGCUCAUCCUGGCGAUAGUCUUCAUAGGAGUGCUAGUCUACUUCAGAAUGUUUUGGGCGCCCAGCCGUACACGUGAACUAACAGUCUUGGCUUCAGGGCAGGUCGCUAAAAUGAGGCAGUGCCAGUGUUUGGAGUGCCACUGUGCCUGGCCGUCCAGCGCUGCCCGGCACACGAUGGCAUCCAGCUGCCCACCAUUGUCAGGGAGUGCAUUGACCAGAUAGAGGUACAUGCCGCCCAUUGGGUAGCGGCAGCAGUGGAGAGCGGAGUGUGGAACAGCUGCAUAGUGUGGCAGAGAUUGAGGUGGAAAUGAUGAAGCAGGAAUCUCGAUUGGCACACCUCCAUACUCAGGUAACCGCCGGGCAGGUGUCUCGGAGCAAGGAGGAGCAGCUUUGGGAGUCUACAGCGGCACCCUACUCAACCCACCACCACCACCACCACCACCCAUAAUGUGACAGUUAUUAGCACGGAGGAAGUGCCGACUAGUGAGACUGGUUGUGUUUCCGACACUGUGCCACUGUUGACGAGUGCAGUGCCGUGAGUGCCAGUGUUAGUGUGGCACCUCAGACGGAGGGUGAUUCGGCACUCCGGGGUGAUGUCAGAGUGCCAAGUGACGAGCCCAAAACCGAGGAGGAGAAGGAGGAGGAGGAAAAGAAGGAAGAGGAGGAGGAAAAAGCUAGUCAAGUGAUCAAACUGGAGGAAAAGGAAGAAGAGGA